AUGUCGGACAAACCGACGCAGACAGGUGUCCGCAGCUUGUUGGCCAAGUUCGAAAACAACAUCUCGACCUCCCCUCCGUCGCGUGGCCGCUCCCCAAUUGGCGCAGAUGGCUCAGGAACUGUUCGUCCGCUCUCCAAAGUUCGCGCAAGCUUCAUCCCCGUCGAACGCAACGGUGGCUCCGGAUCUCCCUUGGGAUGGCUGAGAAGUACCGAUUCCGGUGUCUCCCCGGUCAACACAAAGCCCAUGCACGAGUUUGGAGGCCCAAUCGAAAGAUCUACGCCUCUGUCGCCCACGGGCUCGAUACAUAGAGCUUUUCCUGCCAAAUCGAACCCCCCGACUCCGAUGACCGAAAAGAGGGAAUCAACUGGCGGUGCGAAUACCACAACACGCGAUGUUCCGGGCGAAGUGAUACAGGGUCUGGGAGCUAUCCUGAAGGGUUCAGCGUUUGAAGAUUCGAAACUACAGCUGCAGAAGAACGGAUCACCCCCGCGGGGAUUGAGUUCAGCUGUUCCUGAACCAAACAAGACCGUGGUGCCAGAACCCAAAACACACAGUCCACCAAAGGAGACAUUACAGCCUACCAACCCGAAUGCGCCGGAUACCAAGACAACGUCUUCCCGUCCUGCGAAUAUAGUAAUCCCAAAGGAACCAAACCGCAAGGUUUCUAAAAGCACGCUCCCCAAGGGCCCAAAAACGCCACCUGCCCCCCGAACCCCGAAACUCCCGGCUACUCCUGACUCGCAUAUUAACAAAACAAAUGCCGUCAACAGCCCUGCCGUUGCGAGGGAAGUAAACAAAACUCACUCGCGUGUCAAUACCCCAAGAAGAUCUGGUCGCUCGUCUUCGAGCCCAGUGACCCAAGACAAACGUGCCUUGUCCACAAGGGAAAUUGUUUCCAGGCCUGGCUCGAAGCAAACAUCUCCAAACCAUCCAAAGAUCCGACCAAAGUCUCCAACGCGUCCAGUCCGUCUCCCCAGCUCAAUGACCGCGCCAACUGCAUCAUCGGCGGCCAAAACCAACAGUACAUCUUCACGCCCUCCCAGUCGCAAUGGCGUCAACGCGAACAAGCUUGCGCGAAAGGUCUCCUCACUACGCAUGGAUCGAUCCACAGCUGCCCCGAAAACAAGUGUUCCUUCGACGACGGUGCGAAAACAGGUUUCUCAUGCUUCGCUCGCGCCACCACCAAACUUGGGACUCGACAGGCCAAAGUCUCGCACAAGCAACGUCAGUGCACGGGCACCCGAUGAAUCCUUCUUGGCAAGGAUGAUGCGGCCAACCGCUAGUUCAGCAAACAAAGUGCACGAUAAGAUCGACGCAAAGAGUCCUCCAAGGCCGUCCCGGACAACGCAAACUGGGCGAAAGGUAUCGGAUCAAAAUCACACCAGCUCAAGAAAACCGCCAAAGGCGAAAUCCCCCGAGGCCGAGCGCCACGAAGUGAAAUAUCCCGUAGCAACCUCUCCUGAAGCGAAAUUACAUGCGCAAACUGCUGCUAAAGAAGGACUUACUGGCGAGGACGUUACCUCGCAAGAGCCUCAGGAGCCAGAGAGCAAUGUUGAAAUCACCGAGCCCCCGGUUCCUUAUGAACUUGAAGUGUCCGUGGUAGAAGAAACUCCCGCAGCCCCAGCCGCUGAAAUCAAGGAACCCGAAGCUCUAGAAGCCUGA